UUCUUUUCUGUAUAAAUGCUCAACGUUCUGCUGGGAUUCAGGCAUCAACCUGCACUGACAGGGACAGACAGACAGAAAACAGAGAAGACAGAAACAGAUAAAGCUGCAAUCAAGACUUCCAAGAUGCUUCUCCUCUUGUUUUUCCUCUCUUUAUCCUGCUUUGCUGUGUUCUCCCAAAGCCAGGGUCAAGCCUAUCUCAGCCGCUCCAAUGACCCCAACGGACGCUGCGUCUACUCCUUCACUGUAGCGAGUCCGCAGGAGUCCAGUUGCCCCAGAGGAAACGCCAAAUCAGAGAUGGAUGAAGUCCUGACCAGACUCACCUUGCUUGAAGCUCUGGUCAGUCAGCUGACAGCCAGAGGGGAGCGGGGAACUGCCUCUGGUGGGCUGAAGCACAGUGAGGAGAAUCUUCAGGAGGCUUACGCCCAGGUUACAAGAGAAAGAAACCAGCUGCAACUGGACCAGGAGCGUCUGAACGCACAAGUCCGGAAGCUGCAGGGCACAGUGGCCGAGUUAAACCGGGAGACGGAGAGGCUCCGGCAGAGACCCUGCGAGCAGACACACACCUCAGGUGGAACCCUGUAUGAAAACAGACCUCUCAGAGACCCUGGAUUUCACUUUGAAAAUACCUCCUAUCAGGAAAUGAAGGCUAAGGUGAAAGAGGUCCCUGCAUCCCGCCUCCUUCCGGAGGGAAUCCAACGAGCAAGUAGUCCAAAGCUCAGUCCAAACAUUUCCUCAGGUUGUGGAAAGGUGUUGUCCGUGGGAGAUCCCGUGUUGCACAGAAAAGCUGACGCCAUCACGGGGAAGUAUGGAGUGUGGCUUCAGGAUCCAGACCCUCGGGGCCCGUAUUAUACCAACAAGACGGUGUGGCGAAUCGAUUCGGUUGGUAGAGAAAUCCGCCAGCUCUUUGUGUAUGAAGAUAUGGAUCAGUUUUCCAAAGGCUUCCCUAUGAAGGUCCUGGUUCUGCCAGAGCCAGUGGAAAGCACAGGGGCCACCGUGUACCGAGGUUCCCUGUACUACCAGCGCAGACGCAGCCGGACCCUGCUUCGCUACAACCUCACCUCAGAGAGUCUUGCAUCCCGACUGGACCUGCCUCAUGCUGGCUUUCAUGGACAGCACCCGUACUCCUGGGGCGGCUACACGGACAUCGACCUGGCGGCGGACGAGCAGGGGCUGUGGGUCAUCUACAGCACAGGCAAAGCGAAGGGGGCGAUUGUUAUUUCCCAGCUGGAUCCCGCGAGCCUGGAAGUGAGGAGGAGCUGGGAGACCAAGAUCAGGAAGAACUCAGUUGGCAAUGCCUUCAUGGUGUGUGGACACUUGUACACGGUGGCCAGCUACACGACACCCAACACCACCAUCAAUUACAUGUUCGACACCGCCACUAGUGAGGGCCAGGCCGUCGCUGUGCCCUUUGUGAACAAGUACCGCUACAACAGCAUGGUGGACUACAACCAUGCCCAGAGGAAGCUGUACGCCUGGGAUAACUUCCACAUGGUCACCUACGAUGUGAGACUGGGAUGAGCUGGUCAAGGAAGAAGCUAAACGGGACUUAAAGAGACUCGUGCUCAGUUGAAUAUACCUACAUAUAACUGGCUUCAUUGGGCAUUAUUUUUGUAAAGCUUUGACACUUUUUUUUAAAGAGAAUUUAAAGCUGCAUUAUGUAACUUUUUU